AUGAACCGUGGCAACCUACCGGGAUUCUACUUCGACGAGGAGAAGAAGAAGUACUUUCCCAUCACUGCCAACCACAAGGCACCCGUAGGCGCGAAGUACUCCCAGGCAAAUGUCAAUGCGGAGGAGCGGCAGUCUAAGAAGCGAAAGCUCGACCGCCAGCAUGAGCGUGCUUUGAAGAAGCAGACCGUACCAGCUGCACGAAUAUUCAAGCAUCCUCUCCUUGGCGGCAGUGGCUUGUUGCGCGAACAUGGAGCACGACAACGCAACGGGUCCUACGACGUCGACCAGCACAAGUCACUCGCGCAAGGUCUAGUGGCAAAGGAGACUCGAGUCGUGAUCAAGCACAUGGCUAAUGCCUCCAUUACGGACUUUCGCUACAUGCCUGAUAGCUCAAAAGUGCUCCUGGCUGUCAGACAUACGCCGAGUAGUCAUGCCGUGUACGCGAGUGACUGGACCGAACCAACUAAUGGCAGCAUCACUAUUCGUCCGCUGCCAAUGCAUGCAUUCUACGACCCGAUCAUGUCAUUGGACUACACCACUGCGUCAGGAGUACCUUACGUUGUGGCUAGUACUGCUCGACCAAACCCAUUCGUUGGCAAUGUUUACAUCGGGCCACUGGCUCAAUUGUACGAUGAUGGCAGUAUCGCCAGCGGCUACCACUUCAACGUUGGAGAGAUACAGGACACCAUCUGGGAGUGCAAAGUGAACGACUGGUCGCAUGAGAUUGCGGUAGCAGGUAGCCACGGCUGUCAACUACACUCGGUUGGAAAGCAUAUGCAGAGCGUGAAUAGGCUCAGUCUUGCUGAUUCCGCCGAGUGCUACGCUGCAGACUGGCUCAACGCUCGCACAUUGGCCGUGGGCUGUCGACGAAAGUCAGGCAAAGAUGCUCGCCACGACGUGUCAUUGUGGGACACACGUUCGAAUGGUACUGCGGUACGGCUCAAGCGCAAUGCGCGUAUCUCUGGGAUACAAAGGCUCGAUGACAGCCAGCAUCAUUUGCUCGUCAGCAGCAGCUACGAUAUCAGUAUGUAUGACCUGAGGGUAUUGCGCAAAGACCGGCCGCUCCUCACACUGGACCACAAAUCUGCAUUUACAAAGCUGCAUAUGCCUACGCUGCACAAUGAUCUUGUGGCGGCAGUCGAUCAGUACAACAAAGUACAGGUCUGGUCAUUACGCACGGGCAAGCAUUUACGGACCAUGCACAAUUUCAAACGCCAGCCCGGGCUACUUUAUCAUCCUCGAUGGCAACAAGACCACAGCAGCGGCGCGCCAUUCCUCCAGGCAUGUUUGAACAAUACACUUCAGCAGUGGAGCUGGCAGAACAGCCUCGACGAAGGAUGA